UGGGAAGACAUCAGCAGUGCGAGACCAUUGUGCUGUACCACAAUGAUCGGAGGACUGGCUGCUUUGAUUCUUCUUAGUACAGGGUCUCUGCUUCAAGCUGCAGAGGUUCCUCAUCAGAUCUCUCUGACUGUGGUUGAACUUGGUGGGAAUGUUACUUUGCAGUGUCCAGUUCCUGAGAAGGAAGGCAAAUUCUUUUUCUGGUACAAACAGUCUCUUGGAUAUAUGGCCCAAACAGUCUUUGCCGUAGUUCAGGGUCAGUUAACAGUAAAUGAACAGUUUGACAACCCACGGUUCAAAGCAACAAAAGGAGUUGCUCAGUAUCUUCUUACCAUCACAAAUGUCAGCAAAGAGGACGAAGCAACAUACUUCUGUCACUAUGGAGCAGCGUAUUCACCAAGUUUCAGCAAUGGCAUCUUCUUGGCUGUGAACGAUAGUAAUCAGCAGAAAUGUUUCCAUGUGAAACAAAGUCCGGAGACUGAGUCAGUCCAGCCGGGCGACAGAGUGAAUCUCCAGUGUUCACUUCUUUCCACGAACAAAACUAACAAAGAUGAGUGUCCAGGUGAAGACAGAGUGUACUGGCUCAGAUCUGGAUCAGGAGAAUCUCAUCCAAGCAUCAUUUACACUGACAGAGACAAACAAGAGGAGAGAAGUUGUUUCUACAGUCUGUCCAAAACUAUACAGACCUCCUCUGAUACUGGGACUUACUACUGUGCUGUGGUCACAUGUGGAGAGAUCCUGUUUGGUGAAGGAACUAAAGUGGAAACAAGAUCAGAACUGGAAGCAGUUGUCCAUGUUGUUGGAGUACUGCUGGUCUGCUGUGUGACUGUGAUUAGCAGCCUUUUUUUCUACGGAAUUUCAAGGAAUGUUUGUAAAAAUUUUAAAGGAGAAAGGAGUACUUCCCAUCUUCUUGGACAUGACAUGUCAACUGAUCUGGAUGGCAAAGCAAAGGCAGUGAACUUUGCAGUUCUGGAUAUCUCAACAAUGAAAGUGAAAAGAGAAGAAUACACAGUGUGUGUGUACUCUGCUGUUAGAGCAGAUCAUCACAACCAGCAACGUUUCUCUCUAUAGACAGAGGAGGGCCUACACAAAGGUCCGCAAGUCUCCUCAGAGGUAUUUAAUAAUGAUAGGGAGCAGCUGUGUAUAAUAAUGUGUUUGUAAAUAUUGUAUGUGUAGUUUGUUUGGAUAUGUAUAUUGGAAAAAAAACCAAAAACAAAACAAUUUUCCACUCAGCUGAUUUUGUGGGUGAUCUUCAGAUUUUCAGUUGCUUUGUAAAUUUUUGUCACAGCACACAUUCCAGCAUUUCUGUAAGGGUCAUGUUGUCAACAUGUUUGUGGACCUGUGUUUGUUUGUUUUUUUACAUAAAAAUGGAGAUUUAUAUUUUCCUCUCAGAUUGAUGAACUGCAUUUAUCUAUUAAAGGGGAAACCCAUGUUGAAAAGAA